AUAAUCUCUGCUUGGGCAACUUUGUGAGGGAAAUAGUGCAAAUUGCAAAAUGACCGACACCAUUGUUUGGAGUUUGGACCACAUGGCCAACUACCAAAUUAAAACGUAAAACCAAACAGCCCACUAAUUUACGUCUUACUCAAAAGGUUAUGACUCAAAAUUUUCACACGCACAGAAUGAAAGAGAUUCGAUCACUUUAAAUAGGAAACCGAGAUAAAAAAGAUCUCCGGCAAUCCUUCCAAGAAGAUGGCCGAGGACGAUGACGAUGAUGGAUUCGGAGACUUCACUUUUGCGUCAUUCAAUCCAUCAUCAAUCAAUUCCAAUUCACAAACCCACCAGAACAACGGCCUGAAAUCCCCAAUCACCACCACCACCGCUGCGCCCACCGGAAAAGAUGAUGGUGGCGGCGAUGAUGAUGAUGAAUGGGGUGAUUUUGUCGAAACCCCACUUGGAUCCUUUACAUCUUCCAACAACACACCUUCCAAAUCAUCCUCGCUCGACCCUUUUAAUGGUUUCUUUCAAAAUCCAAAUCCCACUUCCAAUUUGGAGAAAUCAGAUUCCGGGAAUUCAGCUCCGGCCAAGUUUGAGCCUACUGUGGAGCAAAAGAAGGAGAAUCAGAAUCAGAAUGGAUGGGUGAAGCUAAAAGGAGCUAUUCCGCUGUCAAUCUUUGGUGAUAUUGAAGAAGACGAGAAUGAAGAGGCGGCAGCGGGAUCUGGUCUGACUGGUCCGCAUCAUGUUGACGGUAAGGACUUGAAUACCAAUAAGAAAGUUGAUAAUGCUAGUGAUCCAUUGAAGACUAAUGGUAAUUUAGGCUUUUCUUUCAAUUAUGACGCCAUUACAAGUUUGUAUAAUCAGCAUUCGAGUAUAACAAAUAAUGGGGUGGAUGUGCCUGUGAACGGGGUGGGUUUGGAUACUAAUGGAGCUGAUAUCGGCCGGAAAGAUUCGAAUUUGGAGUCGAAUGAAUGGAACUUCGUUGGUGUUUCCAUGCAUAAGAGGGGUGAUUCUGAUAGUGCAAUGGAUUUAAGUAGUCAGACUCUGCAAUGGAAGGAUGGGGUUAAUGGUAGUUCAAAUGGAAUCACUUCGAAUUUGAAUGCGUUGGACCUGGAUUUUAGUGGUUGGAAUGUUGAUUUUAAUGCUAACUUGAAUUCCAAUGUGAUGACAAAUGUGAAUGAUCAUAGCCUGCAGAGUGGUGAUGAGAAUGUCCGUUCUCGGAAUAAUUCAGAUGGUGUAGGUUCUGAUAUGAAAGCUACCAGCUAUACUCUUUUUGAUGGACUGAAUUUGAAAUCAGAUGUAAACGAGUCGAAUUUAUUCCCGUCUAGUGUAACUACCAAUGGGGUAGAUAAAACAUUGAAUUUUAAUCGGCAAAAAGAAGAAUUCCAUGGUAGUAAGAACGAUGACGGUGAUGGCGAUCAUGAUAUUGAUGGUGAUGGUAAUGAUGAUGAUGAAUGGGAGUGGGAGUUCAAAGAUGCACAUGCACCUUCCCAAGUUGGCGAAUCGAAUGAAAAGGUUAGAUAUCCAGUUGAGGUUGAGCGAACAGACGAGAACAAUGCCAUACCUAAACUUGGAAAUGGCACAGUCGGAUCAACUGAUUUAUUUACUGCGUCUAAUGGAUCUGAUGAUCUGUUUUCAAUGUCAAAUGGAUUUUCAAGUAAAAGUGACUGGUUGGAUGUUGGAUUCGGUAUCAGUUCCAGUAAUACAACUGACAAUCAAGUUGCCUCAGAUGCAUACUUAAGUGGUGAUCAGACUGGCAGUAAUGCCAUACUGAAUCCUCAUUCUGUUACUGAAACUGCUGAUUCUGAUGAAGAUUUUGGAGACUUUGCUGCUGCUUAUGUGGAAAGUGCAGAAAUGUCAGAGGCUGACUCUAAGGUGCUUGAACCACCUAACAAAAAUGCAUCCUCCCUGGGAUUUGAUGCUUCAAAUGGACUAGUGGAUUUUCCUGCGUUCCACGGAUCGACUAACCUUUUUCAACCUUCCAAUGGAAAGUUUGGUGAUCCGAAUGAAGUCAGUGCGGGACUGGAUAUAAAUUUCCUUGCAACUGAUCAUGCUGAAGCUGCUCACAAUAGUUAUACAUUUGAUAAAUCAUUGAGGAGUGAACAGUUGGAAGGCACAGGUGUGCAGGAUCCUGAUUUUGAUAAACCUGCUGAAUCUGAUGAGAUUUUUGGGGAUUUCAGGGAAGCAUCUGCUGAAAAUGCACUUCGAGAAAAGGGAGAGUUGAAGAUUUUUGAUCAACCGUCUGAGCCAAAAGGUCUUGAACGUGAUAAUAAUGUCCAGGACAAUGAGAUUAGACGGCAACAGUACCAAGGUGCCCUGCCCUUGUCUAUUUUUGGUGAGGAAGAAAAUGAAGUUGAUGGGUCCUCAAAUAUUGAUGAUGCUUUCAUUCUUCAACCUGCCCCUUCCAAGGGAAAUGAUCAUAGUCCAAAGUUGCCGACUUCGAUCAAUGAUCUCAUAUCGAAUUUGUACAGCCAAGAUGAACAUGUCAGUUCUUCCAGCCCAGUGUCUAACUUAGUUGAAAAUGGAUUGGGUCCAUCCAACACUGUUUCUGAUGCCAAUGAUGAUAGUUCUUGGGAAUUUAAGGAUUCCUUCUCUCAUGAUGUUGCUGAAAGUGGGAGAUCGCCUUAUGAAAAUGAAAACGCAGAUGAAAGGAGUUCUAGCAAACUGAAGCUACAAAGCUAUGUGGACUUUUAUUCUAAGUUACAGGACGAGUUAUACUUCAUUGCAAAAGAUCAUCUUGCAAGCCUAAAGGACAAUCAAAGUGGUGAGAACUGGGCUGCUCUUGCUGAAGAAAUCCAGGUUAAAGAACUUGGACCUGAAAAUGCAACUACAGAAGAAGACAAUUUGGGGAAUCAUAUUAGCAGAGACAGUAAUCUCAACAAUUUUGUUGAUCUUUUACAAGAACCGAAGUUCCAUGUUUUUCAGAUGGAAUACGACUUAGAGAGGAAACUUUUAGAGGUUGAGAAGGAUGUUGGAUCAGUCGUAGAACUAAUACAACAUGCAAAAACUAUGCUGAAGAUUUUGAUGUUGGGAUCAUCAGAAGUCCAAUCAAGCUAUGUCUCUGUGUGGUCAAAGAUGAUCUCUGCAUGUGCUCAGGAGAUGCGACACGGCGCUGCAAUUUGGAGACAGGCAUUGGAAAAGAAUAUUUCCUCUCAGAUAUUGGUUGAGCCUGGAGGCAAAACAUUUGUUCUAGCCCUUGGGGAGAUUUACAGGGCUGCUGUGUUACUUGAAGCUUCAGUUAAGCUUUACAAACCAUGGAUAAUAUCAAGUCAUAUUGAGUUAUCUAAGCUUUAUUCUCUUCUGGAAGAGUGUCAUUCGUCGUGGUCUUCCUCCGGUCUUCAGCAAGCCCUCUCCAGUGUUAUAGAUGCUGCACUUUCUGAGGGUUACCCCAAUCUUCCAGCACUUUUGGAUUCAGUCGAAUAUAUUUAUGAUCUUGAUGAAUUGGCUCUUCAGAACCAUGUUUUCAGCCCUCAAGAACCCUUAUGCAGGCUAUCACUUCUGACUCCAGACGUUGCUCCUGGGAUGGCAAUGGUAUCCUGGGAUGGAGAACAUUGUUUUCUUAGAUUGGCAAAUUUGUGGGUGAACCUAAUAAGUACUGAUCAUCCAAAGUUGCCAUCUCUGCGUGUCAAUGGAUGACGAUAUUCUUCAAGACCCUUUCCUGGCUUUGGAAAUGUAAUGGGAAGUCAAAAGGCUGUUCAUACGCGAGAUAUCGAAUGCACCUCUUCUCCUGGUUUUGUCUCUCUUCUGGUCAAGGAUAUUUGCCUUCAACGACCUUGUAAAUUGGUAAGUCUCACGAGGAUAAUGCUGCACAGGACACACAACUUGUAUUAAUUUAUUGGAUGCUGCUAAUUCAAGUUCAGAAUGGGCAUGGCAGCAUAUACAGAAAAAGGUGAAAAUGAGAUUAUUUAAAGAAAGAAAGCCUCGAUUCGCUAUUUCAAUACUUCAUUCUUUUGGUGUGAGUUAUAUAGUCUGUAGCAUAGGAAUUUUUUUAUAUGUGUUAGGUCCGAAUGUAACAUUAGUGUAUAGAUCUAAUUUUGGAAUUGGAGAAACAUAUCCCUUAAAUAGAAAGAAGACUAGGAAGUUUUUUGAGAUGCAUUUGCUACUGGGUUCGUAUUGUCACACGUGAUAAAUUCGUUACACUUUCAAGUGGAUUCUCUCUGUUUGUGAUCCUUCCUGUCCAGAAUCUGCUCCAAGUCUCCUAAUGGAGACUAAGAUAAUUUUCCUUUUUUAAUACUCCCUUUGUCCUAAAAUUAUUGUCUAAUUUGAGAUUUCACUUUUAGUACAAUUUGAACUAAAAAUGAAAAUCUAAACUGGACAAUAAUUAUAAGACGGAGGGAGUAUGUAAUUCUCCAGUUUGUGAUGUUGCAAAUUUAUUAUCGUCAGAGUCGGGAAACUUGUACUGAUGCAUUAUUACUCUGAAUAAGCUGAUGAGAAUAUCGUCUAUUUUAUUACUAUGUUGUUUUUUUUUUUUUUUGGGGAAAAUAUUACUCUGUUGUUGAAGUUUGUAGGUAACAGAUAAAUGUAUGUGAGUUUUGUUAGGCUGUUUAAAUUGGCAUAAACGCGCGCUCCUCAGGAAAUACAAGCGUGUGACGCCUUGUAUUUGUAUACGAUGUUUUUAUGUAACUAUGUGUUCUUUUCGUCAAUACUCAAUGCAAAGUCGAUGCAGUUGUUAAGAAAAAAAAGAAGGGAAAACCAGCAAUCAGGCUUCACUGAUUUUCUGGUUGAGUCUAAAACAAGAAGCUCCUGCUUAAAAUGGCAACAUGUUUCGAUCAUGGGUAUCAAAUUCCCGCGGCCAAGAUGCCCAUCGAAUUCAGUCCGUUUUUAGAGCUAUUUGCACAGUUAUUAUCAUUAUUACUCCCACCGUCCUACAAAAAUG